CAUUCGUGUUGGUUCACGAACGCAGGCAUGUUACUAUAGAAAGUCGGCGCGCAACACGAAUGGAAGCGGGGGGAAGAUUGCAUUGUGGCCCAUAGGAAAUGAAUGAAGGGAAAGGCGUGGAUUCUGCAAUCUCCUGCCAUCCUCUUCAACGGCGUAACCAGGUGCAGAAGCACAAGGAGCCAGAUGGCCAUGCUAGGCAGCACUACUCCUCGCGCCUUCUCGGCUUCCUCAUCUCCCGCCAACGAUCAGGGCCAAUCCUACAUCACGCUCAGCCGCCGAGUUACCUGCAAGAAGGAGAUUAAGCGCAGCAAGUUCAUCGGGUUCGCUGCUCCCAUCGUCGACGAAGAAUCCGCCUUCUCCUUUCUCUCUGAGGUUCGUGAUCCUCGUGCAACUCACAACUGCUGGGCCUACAAGGAUAAACUUUUCCUUUGGAAGUUGUGCAGGGUGCUUGGGAUGAAAAAGCUUGGAGAUCAAUACCGGAGUAAUGAUGAUGGAGAACCAGGAGGUACUGCUGGUAGACCAAUAUAUUCUGCCAUUGUUUCCUCCGGAAUUGAUAGAGUGAUGGUGGUUGUAACAAGAUACUUUGGAGGAAUAGAAUUAGGAACUGGAGGCUUGGUCAGGGCGUAUGGAGGAGUUGCUGCAGACUGCCUGAGAGAUGCUCCUACUUCCCUUGUCAAAGCAAAGGUUUCAGUUGGUCUGGAAGUGCCGUUUGACCUUUUGGGAACUGUAUACCAUUUGCUUCAGAAAUUCCAAGUUGAGGAUAUUCAGCAAGAUUAUGAGACUGGUAAAGAAGGGAUUACAUUGGUUAUGUUCAAACUGGAUUACGACAGAGUUGAAGCAUUAGACAGCAAAAUCAAGGACAGUUUCAGUGGGCAAGUUGGGAUUUUGCUCCAGUAAGCCAGAGGCCAUUCUAGUCAUACAGCAACAGCUUUAAAUUUUCAAAGACGUCUGUCCAUAUGGCUUGAUUUGUGAGCAAUUCUUCUCAUUUUGUAAAAUGUUUAGUCCAACAAGUGAUAUGAAGCUUCAUAUUCGUUC